UCAUCCACAAAGCAACAAACCCCAUCGAGCGUUAUCCCGUCCCUGUUCUUCCUCCUUCACGCUGCCGCACUGCAACAAGCCAUGAAUUGUGUUCUCCAUCUCAAACCUCACCGCCCUCUCCCAAGAGAUGCCUUCCGACCGCCGCUACCGCCUCCUCCAAAGCCCCCAUCCACGCUCUCAUCGCUACUGAGCUCCACGCGCCCAUCAGCCGCCAUCCCUGGACCCAAAUCCAAGUCCCCAGCUCCCAUCUCGAUCAAGACCGCAAAGGCAGAAGCAGCAGAGCCAGGAGGCCUCUCGAGUUGGUCUGUCCUCGCUGGAGCGUCUCUCAGCCUCGCCAUUCUUGUCAUGGGGGUCGAGCAGGCCAUGGCCCUGGGGCCCGAGGGACCUCUGAUGGAGGAGUUCUGGGACAACGUGAGGAGGUAUGCUCUGUACGUGCUGACAGUGAGCACGGGGGCCAUCUACACCAUCUCUCAGCCCAUCGUCGAUCUGUUGAAGAACCCCAUCACUGCGGUUCUCGUGGUCAUUGUUUUUGUGGGUACUUUCUACCUCUUGUCUCAGAUUCUGAGUGCCAUGAUUGGCAUCUCAGAGUUUUCUUAUGACUACGCUUAUUGAGAUUGGGAGGAUGACCUAGCUCUUAUACUGUGGAGAAGACUCAUAGAAAAUGAGUUAGAAUGACGGUCAAAGAGUCUCGAUGAAACCAUUCCGACACUCAAGUUAGCUUUUGGUCAAAGAGAAAGUAGUUGCUAGAGUACCUCUCUCCUUGGAGUUGAUCUACCUUUUUAUAGGGUUGGAGUGAUGUAUCAUGUUCUCCUUGUUUCUCGUCGACGUUAUCAUAUUCUUGGGAAUAAACGGGC